CUUUACCUCCGAGUGUGGGAGUGUUUGACGACAGAAGCCCCUGGGGCUGCGGCUUCUGGUGGGGGUCUUCAUGGAUGCUCAGGGGAGGAGAACGGCCUGGAGCCACUGGAAAACGGCGAAACGGGGAUGAGGUUGGGAAGUAAACGUUCUUCCGAGAAAUUCCAAGGGGAUCUCAGCCAAGCAGAGGGGGAAGGGAUCCUGCCCACGCCUGGGGAGACCGAAGGGCACAGCUCCCCGCGCCGCGCACGUCGCCCGAGCCCGGAGUGCGGACACCCCCGGGAUGUUUGCGCCCCAAAGGACCCGUGCCCCAAGCCCCCGCGCCGCCCCUAGGCCCGCCCGGAGCAUGCUGCCUGCAGCCAUGAAGGGCCUCGGUCUGGCGCUGCUGGCCGUCCUGCUGUGCUCCGCGCCCGCUCAUGGCUUGUGGUGCCAGGACUGCACCCUGACCACCAACUCCAGCCAUUGCACCCCAAAGCAGUGCCAGCCGUCCGACACGGUGUGUGCCAGUGUCCGAAUCACGGAUCCCAGCAGCAGCAGGAAGGAUCACUCGGUGAACAAGAUGUGUGCCUCCUCCUGCGACUUCGUUAAGCGACACUUUUUCUCAGACUAUCUGAUGGGGUUUAUUAACUCUGGGAUCUUAAAAGUCGACGUGGACUGCUGCGAGAAGGAUUUGUGCAAUGGGGUGGCCGGGGCAGGGCACAGCCCCUGGGCCCUGGCCGGGGGGCUCCUGCUCAGCCUGGGGCCCGCCCUCCUCUGGGCUGGGCCCUGAGGUGUCCUCCUUCCCACGGGGCUUCUGAGCUUGCUCCCCUGAGCCUGUGGCUGCCCCCUCCCCAGCCUGGCAUGGCUGGGGCUGGGGGCAGCCUUGGCCCAGCUCCGUGGCUGUGGCCUGUGGCUCUCAUUCCUCCCCCAACAUGAAGCCUCCCUGUCUCUCCGCUAGCUCUGAGUCCCGGGAAGCUGGACAUCUCCAGGAAACCAGGCCAUCUGGGCAGGAGGCCUGGGGAUGAGGGUGGGGGGACCCCCAGGUCCCAGAGGGGAAGUGAAGCAACAGCCCAGCUGGAAGGGCGUCUUCUACAGAGAAAUAAAGUCACUUUUGAGUCCUGAGA